AUUAGGAGGAUCAAAUGUUACAGUUUUUAUCAACUCCAGUGGAUGCUAUCUCUUAUAAUGUUUGGAUGAAUAAACCAAUAAAAGCUGCAUUUGAGGAUAAUAAUUCAAUUGCACAAUUUUAUUUGCUUUUUCCAUCCUUAUGGAUAGAGCAUAGAAUUAAUAGAAAUGCUUAUCCAUCGAAAUAGGAAUACAUCAAAAAAUGUUUACUUCAUUUAGCAUUUUAUCCUAUGACAGUUAUAUUUAUCAAUGCAUUGACAAAGAAUUUAUAUUUAAGUGAUAGUGUCAAAGAUAUCUACUAAUCCAGAGGAUUUUUCGGACUUUUUUCAGGUUUUCAUUACUAGUUGUUGAUGUAGUUUUUAUCAAUCAUUUAAAAUUACGUUUUUGUGGAGAAUAAUAACAUUGGAUAUUUAAGAAUUGGAUAUUGGAUGGUAUUUUAAGUGUUUAAUGUUCCACUUUAAAUACUAUUUUUGUCAUUAAGACUUAAGUCCAUAACUGGAAUAUCAGAACUCUUCAAUAUUGGAACUGGUUGGAUUUGUGGUUUAGUGAGUUAAUUUAUUAAAUAGUUUAAAUCGUUAAAACAAGAAUUGGCCAUAGCAAAGGACGAUAGAUCAAGAAAGUUUAUAGGUGGAUGA